AUGCCUUCAGCCAAAGGUUCCGUUGCGCCUACACCGCGUUCACCUCCAAUCGUCUCGUCCCCAACCUUCGCCGGCCCGUCAAAUUUCUCAUCCAAUUAUAAAGGCAAAGGAAAGGCCCCCAUGACCAACGACACCAGCAAUGGCGCCAGCAACGGCAACACCAACGGCAACGGUAUUUGCAACAGCAAAGUCUACACUGCAAGCCACGGCAACAGCAAUGACAACAGCAAAGGCAGCGGCAACGACAGUAGCAACGGCACCAGCAAUGACAGCAGCAAUGACAACAGCAAUGACAACUCCAACGGCAGUAGCAACGACAAUAGCAACGGCAAUGGCAACAGCAAUGACUACACUCCAAGCUACGGCAUCGGAAACUUGACGGAAUACCUCAUCGACGUCAAGACGCUCACCAAGCUCUGCGACCUCGGCGUAUCAGAAGCCGCUCAGCUCGGAGCCCUUCUCACCGAGCGCUACAAAUCCCUGAACGAAAAGCAAACCCGCCGCAUGGCAGCCGCCGAAAAGAUCAUUGACGAAGUCGAGACUAUGAAAGAGGGACACAACGUUUUUGACAACAACGUCGUCAACCACUACGAUCGCUUCGUUAAGGAACUGGAGGCAGCUGAGACCGCCAUGUACGACGGAAUGAAGGUAGCCAUGUACACCGAUGCCGCGAAGAGCGCAAAGCUGGCCCGAGAGAACUCCGAGUUUGCCAGGAAUUUGCACAAAAAGAUCGAGGUGUUGAAUAGUAAGUACAAGGCUAAGAAGGACGAGAUUGUGGCUGCGAGGGAUGAGAUGAUUGAUAUCUUGUACGGUGCUGUUAUGCGGUGCAUCCUGGUGGGUUCUAGUGCUGGCGUGGGUGAGAAUGAUAAGGGGAAGUUGUUGAGUUUAUUUAAGCGCUGA